AUGGCAGACAAAUUAGGAAACGAAAAUACCAGCUGGGUAGAGAAGGUGUUCUUCUUCUUCUUCUUGUUUUUGUUUUCUGUGCGGAUGAUAAUAGCAGAUCAAGACACAGUUAUCGGUCAUAGUCAUAAACUUGAGGUUGAUAAACUUUUGAAGAAGUUGAAUAAACCAGCUGCUAAGUCCAUUAAGAGUCCUGAUGAAGAUAUUAUCGAUUGUGUCUCUAUUCUAAAUCAGCCACCUUUUAAUCAUCCGAAACUCAAAAAUCACAAGAUUAAGAUGAGGCCAAAUUUUCAACCACAAGAUAAUAUACUUGAAGUGAGUAAUGAAAUAUCUUCAAAAUCAAAGCCAAUCGUUCAGCUAUGGCACCAAAGUGGAAGUUGUCCAGAGGGUACUCUUCCGAUAAGAAGAACAAGAGAAGAGGACAUACUUAGAGCAAGCUCCAUGCAACAAUUCGGGAAGAAGAAUCUCAAGAACGUCGUACUACCCUUAACCCCAAAUGGUGGAGGUCAAGGGGGAUACGGGUGUGCCUCAGUAUUUAUUAAAGGAAAUAAAUAUUAUGGAGGCAAGGGAGCCAUGAACGUUUGGAAUCCUAAUGUUGAACAAUCCCAAGAAUAUAGUCUCUCUGCAACAUGGGUUGGAAGUGAUGCUGAUCGUGAAAAUAUCGAAGUUAUUGAAGCUGGUUGGCAGAGUGAUUCAAGUAAGAACACGGGAUGCUAUGAUCUUCUUUGUUCUGGCUUUGUUCAAGUUUACUCUGCAGUAGCUUUGGGAAGCAGCAUCAUGCCCUUAUCCCUAUACAAUGACACUAAUUCCCAGUAUCAAAUCACCAUCACCAUCUGGAAGGAUAAAGGCAAUGGAGGCUGGUGGAUGCGAUAUGGCACUGAUCAAAUUGUGGGAUAUUGGCCUUCCUCUUUGUUCCCAAGUCUAUCAGACAGUGCAACAGUGAUAGAGUGGGGAGGUGAAGUAGGAAACUCAGGAACUAAUGGACAACACACAACAACACAAAUGGGAAGUGGGCAUUUUGCAGGGAAAAGCUAG